AUGGACGGAGAAUCAACAGUCGAGGAGUCGAGGGCGGGUGGCGGUCGACGAGGUCCCCGUUCGACAGUCUACGGUAUUGAAAUUGUACGAGAGGGAAACGUAGCGACGGAGGAUCACGGCGGCGAGGGCGGAAAUGCUGAGGCGGAUCGGGAAGACCCCACGAAAGAUUCAGAAUGCGACGGCCGAGGCGAGACGGGGGGUGAUCCAAUGGGAUUGGGCGAGCAUGGGACACUGGCCAGGAGCGACCUAGACCCAAUCCCAAGCCCAGCUCGAGUCAGACUGCAGUCGACGAGUGUACGAUCAGUCGGGGCAAGGAUUGUCAGGAGUAGCGUGAGAUCUCGGCGACAACCGGCGUCGGCCAUUGUAUGA